GUGUCAUGCUCGAUUAGCUUGGUCCUUUCUAAUGCUCUCUUCCACUCGUAUCGCCGCACGUUUCCUUCGGACGCUUGUAAAACCCGCAUUUCCACCUACUAGAUUCACAACUCCAACACGAGUUUUCCACAGGGGCUACAGAUUACCGCCAGCCAUGUCUGCCAACGACCAGAACGCUGAUCCCAAUGCCAAGCCAGAGGACAUUCCGCUAGGGCCUGACGGCAAGCCACUUUCCAAGAAAGCUAUGAAGAAAAUGGAGAAAGAAGCGGAGAAAGAAAAGAAAAAAGCUGAGAGGGAGGCGCAAAGGGCAGCAGAGGCAGAAGCACAAGAAGCAAAUGAUUUUGCCAAAGACCGCUAUGCUGUCCUUCCUCUACUUCAGUCCAAAGAGAAGACAUCAAGACAGUGGCUUAAAGUGCAGGCUUUGACAGAAGACAUGGUUGGAAAGAGAGUUCUUGUCAGAGCAAGGAUUCACACAUCCAGAGCUACAGGCAAGCAGUGUUUCAUGACCCUACGAGACCGCCAGUAUACUGUCCAGGCGUUGUGUGCAGCAAGUGAUGUUGUCAGCAAACAUAUGGUCAAAUUUGCCGCAGGAAUUAACCGAGAAUCAAUCAUUGAUGUUGAGGGAGAAGUAAAAGCAGCAGCUCAGAAGAUCAAGAGUUGCAGUCAACAAGACGUAGAAAUCCUAGUGGAUAAGUUGUUUGUAAUCAGCUUGUCAGAGCCACGUCUCCCUUUGCAAAUUGAAGAUGCCUCAAGACCAGAGACUGAUGAGCUAGCACAUGUGAACCAGGACACACGAUUGGACAACAGGAUCAUUGAUUUACGAACUGUUCCUAACCAAGCUAUAUUUAGCAUAGAAGCUGGUGUCUGUAAACUAUUCAGAGAGUUUUUGGACUCUAAAGGAUUUCAUGAGAUCCAUACUCCAAAAAUCAUAUCAGCUGCAAGUGAGGGAGGUGCCAAUGUGUUUGAGGUUUCCUAUUUUAAAGGCAAGGCAUUCCUCGCACAAUCACCACAGCUGUACAAGCAAAUGGCGCUAACAGGAGAUUUUGACAAGGUGUACACCAUUGGCUCAGUGUUCCGUGCUGAGGAUAGCAACACCCACCGGCAUUUGACAGAGUUCAUUGGUUUGGAUGUGGAGAUGAGCUUUUAUGAACACUAUCAUGAGGUCGUUAGAACCAUUGGUGACAUGUUCAACUAUAUCUUCAAAGGCCUCCAGGAGAGGUAUGCUGAAGACAUAGCUAAAGUCCAGAAGCAGUAUCCAAGUGAGCCUUUCAAGUUCCUGGAACCAGCGCUGAUUCUCGAGUAUCGUGAAGGGGUAGACAUGUUACGUGAAGCUGGGAUAGAGAUGGGUUAUGAGGAAGAUCUUAGUACGCCAAAUGAGAAAUUCCUUGGCAAGCUCGUCAAACAGAAGUAUGAUACUGACUUCUUCAUCCUGGACAAGUAUCCACUGUGCAUUCGCCCCUUCUACACUAUGCCUGACCCCUUCAACCCGAAUGUGAGCAACUCGUAUGAUAUGUUCAUACGUGGGGAGGAGGUAUUGUCCGGUGCGCAGCGAAUCCACGACCCUGAGAAGCUCAAAGAGAGAGCAAGCCAUCACGGGAUAGAUCUGGAAACCAUCAAGUCGUACAUUGACUCGUUCCGCUAUGGCGCUCCUCCGCAUGCAGGAGGUGGGAUUGGUUUGGCUCGAGUAGUGAUGCUUUACUUAGAUCUACACAAUGUCCGCAAAUCCUCCAUGUUCCCGCGUGACCCGAAGCGUAUCACACCCUGAGCGGGUGAUCCCGCGGGCUUGUCUGUCUCUUUAAGGACCUAUAGUGCAAGGUUUUCGCAUGGAGUCGGGUUUUUUUAAUCUCUCGCCAUUACCCUUGUCUGGUGGUGAAAAGAAGGGGCACGUAAUAAUUCCUAAUAGUUGUAAGUUAAUUUACAUCCAGACAAAUAAAAUUCUUAGACCUUUU